UGUGACUGGGAGGAGAGGAGGGAAUUGUUUAGACUGUAGCAUCCACAGUGAACAUCAGACCAGCUGACAGCCAAUGAGACUGGCAAAUCUAGGUGGCAUCCGUCGCCACCCAACCAACAGCCACAUUUAUAACAGUGUCUAAACGGAACGAGGGGCUUAGACGCCACAGGCCAAACUGCAAAUAUGACUGGAACAGAAAAGACGGAUUGUUACUCUGCCAGGCAACGGAAACCCGAGGAAAAUGGCGAACUAACAUGGGUAGAUGAUGCUUUGGAUGAAACCUACAAAGAUAAAGACGACUCUCUGCCUCCACUGAAGAUCGUAUGGAGAAAUGUUGUGCUGAUGACUUUACUGCACAUCGGAGCUGUUUACGGACUGACCAUAGUUCCUUCUGCUAAACCGUUUACACUCGUAUGGGCCUGGGUGUGUUUCAUGAUUAGUGCCAUGGGAGUGACAGCUGGAGUACAUCGGCUCUGGAGCCACCGGUCCUAUAAAGCUAAACUGCCAUUAAGAAUCUUCUUAGCCAUUGCAAACUCUAUGGCUUUUCAGAAUGACAUCUUUGAGUGGUCUAGAGACCACCGUGUCCACCACAAGUAUUCAGAGACCAAUGCAGACCCACAUAAUGCCAAAAGAGGCUUCUUCUUUUCUCAUAUUGGCUGGUUGUUGGUACGUAAGCACCCAGAUGUCAUUGAGAAAGGGAGCAAACUGGACCUCAGUGACCUUAAGGCAGAUGGUAUCGUUAUGUUCCAGAGAAGGCAUUAUAAGUUGUCUGUAGUGGUGAUGUGCUUCGUUUUUCCAACACUGGUGCCAUGGUACUUCUGGGGGGAAAGCCUGUGGUUGGCUUACUUUAUCCCAGGCCUGCUAAGAUAUGCUGUGGUCCUUAAUGCGUCCUGGCUGGUUAACAGUGCUGCCCACAUGUGGGGUAUGAAGCCCUAUGACCGCAACAUUAAUCCCAGUGAGAAUAAAUUUGUUGCCUUCGGUUCCGUAGGGGAAGGCUUCCAUAACUACCAUCACACAUUUCCAUAUGACUAUGCUACCAGUGAGCAUGGCAGUAUGCUGAACUUCACCAAGGUGUUUAUUGAUUUCAUGUGCUACAUUGGCCUCGCCCGAGACCGCAAGAAGCCGUCUCAUGAAACGAUCAUGGCUCGGAUUCAACGUACCGGUGAUGGCAGUCACAAAAGUGGCUAAGUCAUUUCUAACAUUUCACAAGCCAAAACGUGUCAUGGGAAGCUAAACCAAUAUCUAAAUAUAUUUGUGCAGCAAAGUGUGCAGCAAAGGUCCUAGUACUGUCUCCAACUUCACAGUGAAUUAAGAAUUCCUGUCUUGAUUACACAGACUAUGGACAACAAUUUUAUUUUUUUUUUGCAUAAUUUAUUCUGAAACUAUGUGUACGUUAGCACUGAAAAGCUUAAUUUGGAAAUUCGCUCUGAUGCUGUAACAGUAUUGCUUAAGCAGUGCAUUCAGCUAAAUCUAAUCGAUAUCACUGUUUAGAACAUAAAAUUCACAUUGAGAUCAUUCUGAUAAACUAUGCAAGCUAUACAGUUACAGCUUAUAAUAUAUAUAUAUAUAUAUAUAUAUAUAUAUAUAUAUAUAUAUAUAUAUAUAUAUAUAUAUAUAUAUAUAUAUAUAUAUAUAUAUAUGUAAAUAAUAUAUUAAUAUCACAUAUGUGCUAUUAAUCCCUUUGGCACUUUUGGUUUACAUUCAAGUCGUCAUAAAGUGAUAAAAGUUAAAGAAGUGACAGAACGGAUACAAGAAGCAUAUAAAGGUUUUUCUGAGCACUGAUACUGCUGAGUUGCACACUGACACAUUUUAUUGUAAAUUCAACAAAUUCCACAUUUUAUGUUAAAUAUGGACAACUACUAUGCUGGCCUUCAGAUUUCAAUUGAUCUAAACACAAAUGCUGUAUAAAUUUCAAUUUAUUGUUAAUAUUUUAACACUGUAUGACCUAAUCAAAACACUGAAAAAAAUAUUAUUUUGACACCACUGUGCAAAAAAUACACUACCGCUCAAAACUUUGGGAUCACUGGCACAUUUCAGCUUGAUUUCAGCUACAGAGUAAGACUCCAUAAGCCAAUCCAUCUUGUGGGAAAUGCUCCAGGAAGCAUGGGGUGAAAUCUCAUCAGAUUAUCUUGAUAAAUUGACAGCGAGAAUGCCCAGACUGUAAUUGCUGCAAAAGGUGUUUUUUUGAUGAAGGCAAAGUUUGAAGAAAACAUUCAUCAUUUCCAUCAAAAUCAUUAUUUCUAACUCUGACAUGUCAACAUGUCCUGUUCUUUUACUAUAUUUUCUCUUCAGACUAAUUUUGUGUGUAUUUCCUUGGAAAACAAUAAAAUUUUUGAGUGAUCGCAAACUUUUGAGCGGUAGUGUAUAUAUAGUCUGUCUAAAUUCCUUUUUUUUUUCUUUACAGUGAAAUGAAAUUUCAUAUAUAUUGGCACCCCUGAAUUUAGUUUCCAUUCCUUUGGCCACACUCACAAUAUAUUAUUUUUAAGUUAUUAAAAUGAAGUUAUUUUUAAUGAAGUGGACCAUUAAGUUAUUUUAUUAUAUGCUUUUGACCAUCAGCUCCUCUGGAUCUCUGCCUAAAAAUAGGAUUCAGGUCAGAGGACAAAAAAUUGAACCCUUGGCAUACAGUGCAAUAUACAUCUUCCUAAACUGCACUUUAAAUUCAUUAAAGCACAAGUAUGCCUUUUAAACAGAGUUAGCUUUUUUCGAUCACAGUGAGAGCUAACUCCCUCUGUUUAACUGAUGUUGCCUGUCAGUAGUACAUUAGCUAAUGAAAACUGAAUCAUGAGAUCACAAUUUUAGCAUUUUGGAAAAAUAUUUAUUACAAAGCUGGCAACAUGUAAACCUAUUCCAACCUAGAGUAGGAGCAGUCAGAGAGAGAUCAUUCUUUCCACCCUGUUUUUCGAACCUUCAGUGAGAUCCAGUCCAAUGAACAAAGUUUCAGAUUGCCUUCACUACAAAAGAUACAUUUGAUACCUUCAAAUUUAACCAAACUCAAGUACUUAAGGAGAUGAAUGCUUUAUGUUGCCUCACUGAAUAGGACAGUGUUCAUGUAGGCAGUGCGCAAUGCUGCCCAGAAAAAACUGUCUACCCUACAAAGCUGACUUAAAAAGGAAUUAAAUGCAGUAUCAGUGAUCAUAUUUUAAGGCGUUUAAAGUAAUUACAAGAAAGUGGGUACUGCAUAUUCAUUGGUGUAUACUGUACAGCUUAGCUUCUAUCUUUUCAUUUCUAUAUAACCCUCUGUUAUUCAUGCCAAAACCAUAGAACUUCACAUACUGUAAAUUGAUUAAAAGGAAAUGGAUCAUCUCUGUUUGUUUUUUUUCUGGCAUGAUUAUUGUCAUCUCAGAACUCAUAAUUUUUUACAAGAUUUUUUCCAACCAAUUUCUGAAUAUGUACUCUUUUAUGCUGAGUUGUUUCUAAUUGUAAAUUUAUGCAUAAGCUAUUUAUUGAAGAGUGUGUAACGUAGUUGCUUGCAUAAGUAUUUUUGAGGGUUGUCCAUUAUUACAACAGACAUGUAUUUUUAAUGAGAAUUGUUUAUUAGAUUCCUUUCAUAUGUGAAUGUAAGAUCAUGAUAAAAAUGUCCCCCAUGCCCAUACUGUCUCACAAUAAUCACAGUGGGCCAUUUUGGUGUAUUUCUGUAGUUAAGCUAUUACAGAAACUUUUAUCAAAUACGGUAGGUCUAUAAGCUGCUUACUGUAUGGUUUCUCACAUUCACUACUGAUAUUUUAAAAAUAAAAAAGAUUAUUUAUAUAUUAUUUCUCAGUAUUUUACAGUUGGCUUUAGCUGUAUGGAGGCCUUAAAGUAAGGUCAAGGAAAGUUGUCACUUUAUGUAGGCUACAAUUGAAUAAAUAAACAUUUCUAAAAGAA